AUGACCGUGCAGUGGAGCAGAUGCUCAGGAGCCAGUUCCUACAAGAUCACAGCAACCUCCAAGAACUCCCUGGAUGCCUCAGCCUUCGCCCAGUUCGGUGCCAACUCUGUGAUGGGCUCCAUCAACUCUCUAACCCCCAACAACAUGUACAUCAUCAGGGCUGAGGCCAUGGAUAACAGCCUGAAUGUUUUGAGCCAGGCUGAAGUAGAAGAGACCACCGCUUCUGAGGUGCCCACCAUCAACAUGGCAACAUCAAAACAGAGUGAGAGCAUGACCGUGGAGUUCACUCAGGUGUCCGGUGCCACUUCCUACAUCCUGCGUGCCGAGACCGCCGACAUGUCCUUCUUCUGCGAAACCAAGGUGUCCUCUUCCCCUGGGACCGUGCUCAACCUUCAGGCCUACACCGACUACACUCUCAGUGUCAUGUCCGUCAACAGCGGAGGCAGAAGCCAGCCUUCCCUCCCUGUGGUAGCAAAGACAGUGGUUGCUGCGCCCAAGCUCAACUCCACCUCUCCCAGCAAUGACACCAUUGUGGUGGGGUGGGAGCCUGUGGACCACGUUUUCCUAUACACCAUUAGCAUCAUCAUGGAGGGCUCAGACAGCAGGGUGAAGCUCAACACCACUGACACCAGUGUGACCUUCUCUGGCCUGGAGGCUGGGACAACCUAUUGCAUCAAGGGCAACGCUUGGGACUCCGAGAAAAGACAGGGAGACGACUUCACCGUCUGCCAAAUCACACGUCCAUGCAUCCCUGUGCUCACUGAGUUGGAGGUGAGGAUGGUGGGCUCUGAGGCUGGUCUGUCUGUGUCCUGGGCUCCAUCUCAGGGGGCAGGGGAGUACCUGGCCUUCAGCUCCGAGGGGCUGAACUGUACCUCUACCACCGGCGCCUGCACCCUGGCCCCCGUGGGGUGUGGCCAGAGACACACCGUCACCGUGACAGCCAUCAACGAGGGAGGACCCAGCAUCCCUUCUGCUCCUGAGGAGUUCAUCACCUUCCCCUGCCCACCAGAGCCUCUGCGUGUGGAGGAGACCAAGGCAGGUAAUUGCUCUGUGUUGUGGGACGCCAUUCCCUACACCGACACCUACGUGGCCUUCAUCAAGAGGGAUGAUGGUCAGGAGGAGAGGUGCAACACCAGCUCCACCAGCUGUAACUAUCACUGCCAGUGUGGAUACACCUACCUGAUGACUGUGUUCGCCUUCAGCCCGGCUGGAUCCAGCCCACCGGGCCCCGUGCUCAACUACACCACCUUACCCUGUUGUCCCGAGGAUGUGUUCAUCUCCCUGGCCUCCCCCGGCACCCUGGAGAUCAUGUGGUCAGCAGUGCGCGGGGCUGAGGUGUACGAGACGCGGGCGGUGGAAGGGUCAGAGGUCAUCCUGUGUAACGACACGGCACCCGUGUGCGCUCUCUCCGACCUCACCUGUAACAGCCCCUACAGUGUGGUGGUGAUCCCCUGUAAUGAGAUUAGAGGGUGCAACCACACCUGCAGAUCACACACCAAGGAGACAGCUCCCUGUAUGCCAGAGAUCCUGAAUGUGACCCAGAUCAACACCACCAGUGUCAAUGUCAGCUUUAGUGCUCCCAACAGAGCAGGUGCAACCUACAAAGUGAGCGUAGUGGCCCAGGACAACAGAAACACCUGCACUUCCAGAGGAACUUCCUGUGAGAUACUUGACCUGCCCUGUGGCGAGGUCUAUGAGGUCAGCGCCAUAGCAACCACCACCGUGGGCGACAGUUUUCCCAGCUACAGUGUUCCACUGGAAACAGCACCCUGUUGCCCGGCAACCCUUAACGUUGAACAGGUGACUCAGGCCAUGACCAAUGUCACCUGGUCGAUGGCGAGAGGCACACACACCUACAUGACCUCUCUGACCUCACCGAAAGGCAACGCCCGCUGCCACACCCUGGACACCCACUGCCUGAUGGGAUGCAUCACCUGCGGAACAAACUACACCGUCAGCAUGGAGGCCAUCAGCCGCACUGGACACAUGUCUGAGUGCACCUAUCAUGGCUUCUCAUCCAGUGCUUGUUGUCCAUCGGGCGUGAAGCUGUACAGGAUGGCCAACAACACGCUGCGUGUAUACUGGCGUUCCACUGGCGGUCUCCAUAACUACACGGCCAAGAUGGUUGGUAGCCAGUCCAACUACACCUGCACCCCUCCCCCCGGGGGCAACGCCUGUGAAGUGCCGGAGAUCAUGUGUGGGGACGUCUACAACGUAGUGGUGGCCCCUCUCACCCAGGACGGAGCCAUGGUCCAGUUCUGCCCCCAGAGGAUGUACUCAGUUUCCUGCUCGGGAAGCAAUGUUGGAAUGGUAAUCUAUCGAGGAAAGAGAAGUCUGGACUAG